GGUUAUGUGAGAUAGUUGCACAGACAGCCGAUUGCGGGAGGAUGGAGUCUGUGGGGCACUCGCUGCUGACGCUGUCGGUGUUGUGUCCGGUCGGGGCACUGUUGCUGUGCUGGGUGGGGAGCGUUCUGCUGGGCGCCGGCCUCUUGCCCUCCCUCACCUUGUCAACCCGGGACCCCUCGACCACACUGUCCCGCACCCCCUGGCUCGUUGUGCUCGUUCCGCUGCUGGUUCUGUGGGGCUGGAGGUGGCUGUCCCGGCCCAUGGAGCUGCUCAGGAGCCCGGAGGAGGUGGGAUACAUCCCGGAGAGGGGCCGGAGCCGCGCACAGACCGCCAACCUGGUGCGGAGGAGACGAAUGAAGGGGGAGCUGCCGCCCAUCUACCCCAAUGGCUGGUACCGGGCCCUCGACUCCCACCUGCUGCCCCCCGGGACUGUACAGGACUGUACCCUGCUCGGGGAGCAGCUGGCAGUGUAUCGGACUUUGGAAGGCAAAGUAUACGUAGUAGAUGCUUACUGCCCUCACCUUGGUGCCAAUCUUGCAGUGGGGGGCAAAGUGGUGGGAGACUGCAUCGAGUGCCCUUUCCAUGGCUGGCAGUUCCGCGGAGAAGAUGGCAAAUGCACAAGAAUUCCUUAUGCAGAAAAAGUGCCGGAUUUUGCCAAGAUUAAAACCAGGCCAUCGUGUGAGCUGAAUGGAAUGGUGUUUGUGUGGUAUCACUGUGAUGGCAUUGAGCCUACAUGGAGCGUCCCGGAGCAGGAAGAGAUUACCAAGAAGGAGUGGGUGUACCAUGGGCGCACCGAGCACUACGUCAAUGCCCAUAUUGAGGAAAUCCCGGAGAAUGCGGCUGACAUUGCCCAUCUGGAUUUCCUGCACACACCCGGCAUUCUGAGUGGUGUAGAUCUGCGCUACACUAAAUCUAGGAUAUGGGACUUUGUUAAGCAUUCUUGGAAGGUUCAAUGGAUACCGGAGCCUGCUCCCAACAAACAUUGUUCCCAGAUGCUCCUUGCACAUUCCAUCCUUCUGUUUGGGAAACACUUCCCACUUCUCGAUGUGAAUGUUGUAGCGAGACAGGUGGGACCAGGUAUUGUCUUUCUCCACUUCAAGCAUGCCUUCCUGGGUGAGGGAGUUAUCGUGCACUGUGUAACUCCUGUGGAGCCUUUGCUCCAAAAGGUCUCUCACAGCAUCUACUACCAGAAGAACAUACCAGCCCUCAUCCCCAAGUUUAUUUUGAAGGCAGAAUGCAUUCAGUUUGAGCGGGAUGUAAUGAUUUGGAACAACAAGAAGUACAUAUCCAAGCCCAUGCUGGUUAAAGAGGACGCUGCUAUUCAGAAACACCGGCGCUGGUUCUCGCAGUUCUACAGCAACAACAGCCCACAAAUUACCUUUCAGCAGGAAGGACUUGACUGGUGAAACAACUAUAGCCAGGGGAGACGAUGGCAAGAGACCACUGUUUCCCACCUUGUGCCAGUCUUGCCAAACGCCUACUGGUUGCCCCCUCUAUAGCCAAUCUAUGGAGCAUCUGAAGUGCCAGGUCUGCCUGCUGUGCCAAGAUAAAGGACUAGGGACAUGCUGGCAGUUUCAUCUUCCAGUAGGUAUCUAACUUAAUUGCCCUCAGUAAUCCCACCAUACAGGUUUGCAGUGCCCACACCAUCAGCGUUGGACAUUGAGCUUUCUUUCUCCUGGAAAUUCUCCUCUUGCUCUAUAUUCUCCCCGUGGUCUUAGCCUUGCAGCCUGCUAACUGUCAUGACUGCUUCCCAUGGGCCUCUUGGAUAAGACUGAAUUUACUGAUGAUUUUGCAUUUGCUCAAACUAUUUUUUUUUUUAAUAACUUCCCUUAAAGUAGGGGGGGGUCAAUUGUUUCAAUUUGAAUGAUGUUUAGUAAUAUUUAAUAACUGUUUAAAAUGAUAAAGAAAUAUUUAUUUUUAUAUGUAAAGAUAAGGGAGUGGUCACAUGACUUCUGUUCCCCCCUCUUGCUGUCAAGCAAGUGGUGCCUUCCAGCCUGCAAGUGAUUUUUAUAAGUUCUGUAUAUAGUGCCUUGUCUUACUCCUCUCAUGCUAUUCCAAUUCAUGUUCCCAUGAUCUCCAUAAACACAAAUUUGUAGAUUUCA